GGCUCGGGAAGAUGCCGAGGAAGGAGCUGCCCCUGCCCGAGGGCUGGGAGGAGGCCCGGGACUUCGAUGGCAAGGUUUACUACAUCGACCACACCAGUCGCACCACCAGCUGGAUCGACCCGCGGGACAGGUACACAAAACCCCUCACCUUUGCCGACUGUAUCAGUGAUGAGCUGCCACUGGGUUGGGAAGAGGCAUACGACCCUCAGGUUGGCGACUACUACAUAGAUCACAACACCAAAACCACUCAGAUCGAGGAUCCCCGAGUGCAAUGGCGACGGGAGCAGGAACACAUGCUGAAGGACUACCUGGUGGUAGCACAGGAGGCUCUGAGUGCCCAGAAAGAAAUCUACCAGGUGAAACAGCAGCGGCUAGUGCUGGCCCAGCAGGAGUACCGCCAGCUCCACGAUGUCUGGGAGCACAAGCUGGGCUCCCAGAUCAGCUUGGUCUCCGGCUCAUCAUCCAGUUCUAAGUAUGACCCUGACAUUCUGAAAGCUGAGAUUGCCACUGCUAAGUCCCGGGUCAAUAAACUGAAGAGGGAAAUGGUUCACCUCCAGCAAGAACUGCAAUUCAAGGAGCAUGGCUUCCAAACCCUGAAGAAAAUUGACAUGAAAAUGUCGGAUGCUCAGGGUGGCUAUAAACUGGAUGAAGCACAGGCUGUUUUGAGAGAAAUGAAAGCCAUCAAGAAGGCCAUCACCUGUGGGGAGAAGGAAAAACAGGACCUCAUUAAGAGCCUGGCUAUGCUGAAGGAUGGCUUCCUCACUGACAGAGGGUCCCACUCGGAUCUCUGGGCCAGCAACACUUCCUUAGAAAGCUCCAGCUACUCCCUGCCCAAGCAGUAUAUGGAUGUGAGCUCACAGACUGAAGUCUCUGGAAAUUUCAGUACAAGUGGCAACAAUCAGUUGGCUGAGAAGGUCAGAUUACGCCUUCGAUAUGAAGAAGCUAAGAGAAGGAUUGCCAACCUAAAAAUCCAGCUGGCCAAGCUGGACAGUGAGGCCUGGCCUGGAGUGCUAGAUUCUGAGAGAGAUCGAUUGAUCCUCAUCAACGAGAAGGAAGAGCUGCUGAAGGAGAUGCGGUUCAUUAGCCCUCGGAAGUGGACCCAGAGUGAGGUGGAACAGCUGGAGAUGGCAAGAAAGCGGCUGGAGGAAGACCUUCAGGCAGCCAGAGAUACUCAGAGCAAAGCUCUAACUGAGAGGCUGAAGUUAAAUAGCAAGAGAAAUCAACUGGUGCGAGAAUUAGAAGAGACAACCAGGCUAGUUGCAAGUCUUCACAUCCAGCUGAAAAGCCUCUCCAGCAGCAUGCAGUCCCUGUCCUCUGGCAGUAGCCCUGGCUCGCUCGCAUCCAGCCGGGGUUCCCUAGCAGCAUCUAGCUUGGACUCUUCCACCUCGGCCAGCUUGACUGAUCUCUACUAUGAUCCACUGGACCAGCUGGAUUCAGAGCUCCAGAGCAAAGUGGAAUUCCUGCUAAUGGAGGGGGCCACUGGCUUCCGGCCCUCCGGCUAUAUUACCACCAUCCACGAGAAUGAGGUGGUAAAGACUCAGAAAGCUGAGGCAGCCAGCCGCCUUCAGGCACUUCGAUCCCUGUCUGGCACUCCCAAGUCCAUGACCUCACUCUCCCCUCGAUCCUCUCUCUCCUCCCCAUCUCCACCCUGCUCCCCUCUGGUCAUUGAUCCCCUCUUAGCAGGAGAUGCUUUCCUGAGCCCCUUGGACUUUGAAGAUCCUGAGCUGAAUAUAAACUUUUCUGAGCUAACCCUUGGUAGCAGCACUGGAAAUGGUUACCGGUUGGAGGAAACUGGAGUGGAGGACAAGCAACUUUGUCAAGGUUCGAAUGUGGCCAGAGGACCAGUCCUGAAAGUGGCCUGUGUAUCAGCAGCAGUAUCAGAUGAGUCAGUAGCAGGAGACAGUGGUGUGUACGAGGCUUCUGGGCAGAGACUGGGCACAUCAGAGGCCACUGUGUUUGACAGCGAUGAGUUGGAGGCCAUAGGAGCUGCAAGAGUUCAGAUUGCUCUGAAGUAUGAUGAGAAGAAUAAACAAUUUGCAAUAUUAAUCAUCCAGCUGAGUAACUUUGCUGCUCUGUUGUUGCAACAAGACCAGAAGGUGAACGUCCGUGUUGCUAUCCUUCCUUGCUCUGAAAGCACACCUUGCCUGUUCCGGACAAGGCCCCUGGAAGCUUCUGACAAUCUUGUGUUCAAUGAAAUGUUUUGGGUAUCCAUCUCCUAUCCCUCUCUACACCAGAAGACCCUAAGAGUGGAUGUCUGUACUACAGAUCAGAACCACAUGGAAGACUGCCUGGGUGGAGCCCAGAUCAGCCUUGCAGAGGUCUGCCGGUCAGGAGAGAAGUCAGUACGCUGGUACAACCUCUUAAGCUACAAAUACUUGAAGAAGCAAAGCCGAAAAAACAAGCAAGAAGCACACGGCUGCUCUGUGAUAGUGGGCACUGAGAACUCGGACACCGUUUCUGCACUCUUGGAACAAACCGCUGUGGAACUCAAGGCAGUGGAGAAGAGGCUUGAGGGGGAGAGUAAUGCUCUGACUAUGGAAGAGAGCUGGCCCUAUGAUGAGGAUCCCAAUGGUGGCAGUGAGAAUGAAGCAGCAGCUGAGGAGGAGGAGGAAGAGGAAGAGGAGGAUGUUUUCACUGAGAAAAACUCACUGAGUGUGGAAGAUAGCCCAGCAAUAAAGGUGGACAAAGAAACCAAUACAGAGAUCCUGUCACCAUCACCUACUGUGGUGCGACCCAAAGAUCGAAGGAUGGGCAACCCACCUCCUACACCCUUUGUCCGAGGAAGUACCAUCAUUCGCUCUAAGACCUUCUCUCCUGGGCCUCAGAGUCAAUAUGUGUGCCGGUUGAAUCGAAGUGAUAGCGAUAGCUCAACCCUAUCCAAAAAGCCACCUUUUGUUCGAAAUUCCCUAGAGAGAAGAAGUGUCCGAAUGAAGAGGCCAUCAUCUGUCAAAUCCCUCAGAGCUGAGCGCCUAAUCCGCACCUCAUUAGACCUAGAGUUAGACCUGCAGGCCUCAAGGACGUGGCAUAAUCAGCUGACCCAAGAAAUCUCGGUGCUGAAGGAACUGAAGGAACAGCUGGAGCGAGCCAAGAGCCAUGGGGAAAAGGAGCUGCCUCAGUGGGUCCGAGAUGAUGAACGAUACCGGCUCUUGCUGAGGAUGGUAGAAAAGAAGGCGGAGAGGGCUGAGCACAAGGGUGAGUUACAGGCUGACAAGAUGAUGAGAGCUGCAGCUAAGGAUGUCCACCGGCUACGGGGGCAGAGUUGUAAAGAGCCCCCAGAAGUACAGUCGUUCAGGGAGAAGAUGGCGUUUUUUACUCGACCCAGGAUUAACAUCCCAACCCUCUCUGCCGAUGACGUCUGAUCGCCAGAAAAGUAUUUCCUUUGUCGUACUGGCCAUGCACCCACAAUGUGAACAGUUGGGCGUGGCUAGAGUUAUUUAUGUGGUGUUAUAUGAAGGUACCCAGUCCCUUGCACAGUAGAGCUCUUGCCAGUUUGAAGAUGAACAGAUUUUUUGGUUUUGUUUUUUGUUUUUAGCUUUUGGUUCUAUUGUUAUUAUAAAAAACCAGCAUUAAAAUGAUAAGAUUGUAUAGUUUGUAUAUUUAGGAAUGUAUUUUUGGGAAAGAAAAUUUAAAUGAACUAAAGCAGUAUUGAGUUGCUGCUCUUAAAAUCUCUAGGUUGUGUUUUUUUGUUUGUUUUUGUUUGGGUUUUUGUACAGCUCUACCUUUUACAGGUUUUACUGCAAUAAAUACAUUUGGAGGAUAUGGAAUCCUAAAAGGAUCUCCUGCAGAUAUCAGCACAGCUGACUUUUCCUAGUCAUGUAUUUUGUACAAUGUGUAAAAAAAAGGGGGGGAGAAAUAACAAUGCACGGGAGCCAUUUUGGGGAUUCUAAAGUGCCGUCAAUGAAUCUUCGUGAGCUGUGACGUGUUUGCAUUUGGCUGCAUGAUGAGGAGAAAAAAGAAGGGUGGGCAGGGCCUGACCUGGGCACCUUGGCCUACACUUGAGACAAGCCUGCCCAUGCUGGUCUCAUGCCCAGUGAAGCCACUAAGGUGAGGGGAGGGCUUUGGGAACUACAUUCAUUUUUAUCUUCAUCAAUAAAGUGGCCUUUCCAAAUGAA